CAGCGUGCUCACAAUGAGUUUGCCGAUGUUUAUCCCGCUCACGUUUAAUGAGCAGUGCAGUGAGAUCCACCAAAUGUUCCUCGAGUUCAAUGCACCAAUCUCAGAGAAGCCGAAAGAACUCAAUGCAGAAAUCAGCGACUUGCUCGGGGUGUGUGACGUUUGCUUCAAGAUGCCUCCGGAGGAUGCCGAGUCCGUUCUUAACGGUUUUGUUUCUAUUCUCGUCUGCAAAACUGACAAUAUUGAAGCUGACUACAAGCUCUUUUGUGAGCGCUUGGAGUCCGCAACAGUUCAGCCCUACCUAGGAGUCGCCUUUAACGUUCUAUAUAACUUUUAUGAAGGGCUUGCUGAUGACUGCCCUAACCGCGUGGAUGUCUUCUGCUCUUUACUCCGGGUUGCCGCCAAGGUCGGCUCCGUGCCUGAAGUAUUCCAGGAUGUAUCGGUGACCAAGAAGUGGCUAGAAGAGAUUAGGUGUCCUGUCGACAAAGCACGCCAAGUGUAUCGUAAUAUCCAUUCGGCUUUGGGCUCUACCAGCGUUUCUGAUAUGCCACUGCGCGUUAUGGUGGAACUGCUAUCGACGUAUCAGGAUCACGACGCUGCGGAGGCAAAUCAGGACGCUAUCAAAUGUAUCGCGUUCGCUAUCAGCGAUCCUAAUACCUAUCUCAUGGACCACUUAAUACCACUAAAGCCAAUUAAGGCUCUUGAGAACCAGCCAAUCAACGAGCUUCUCAAAAUCUUUGUCUAUGGCAAGCUGUCCGAAUAUCGGGAAUUCUACCGAAAACAUAAAGAAGUGGUCGAGCAGCUUGGACUAGAUCACGAAAAGAACGUAGAGAAAAUGCGCUAUUUGACAUUCAUGUACCUGGCAGAAAAGAAUCAGGAGAUUUCGUUCGAUGACAUCAAACGCGAGGUCGAAAUCGAUGAUGUUGAGGGAUUCACGAUCAACGUCCUUCGUACUAAGCUGGUCACCGCUAAAGUCAACCAACCAAAUCAGAAAGUCAUUGUUGUCAGUACAAUGCAUCGAAGCUUCAUGAAGAAUGAAUGGGAGCAGCUUCGCGAAAUUCUCUCGGGUUGGUACCAGCGAUUAGAAAAGGUGGAACAAAGCACGCAGCAGAUAGUUCAAGCCCAGCAGCAGAUGGCAGCUCAACAAAGCCGGACCUAAUGAUCGCCGUUGUGAAUGUGCACCCAUUCCAUCACUCUGCGACGGAUACCGAUAACUAGCCAAUGAUAGGCAAUAUCGAGCUCUUGAAGAAAAAGUAUCCAUAAAAAUAAUAAAAAAAACAAAACUUUAUAAUAGUAAUAAUAUUAAUAAAUGUAUAGGUAAACAAUGAAAUAAAAAUCCAACUUGACGCCCCACAUUGAGUUGGCAUUUGAACAAUAAGGUAUGAUU